AUGACAGCGACGGACUUGAAGAUACCAUCUGCACAACGAGACCUCGACACUUUCGAUCCCAUUUCCAGAGUGUCAAGCCCCAGCCGUAGCAGCGCCGCCGCCGCAUCGAUUGCGACCUCAACCACCAUGCUCACCGUCAACUUCUCAACACCCUUGACUGGGCCUGCACGGGCAGAAAGAAUUAAACAAAUGUCUGACAAACAUCCCGCAUUUGAAAAGUCUCGCCUGUCGCAACAAAUCCUGGUCAAGAUCCAACACUCUUUGCGUCGCAUGCCCGGUAUCUCGGCCAGCGAAUCUUCAGAAAUCAUCGAACAGCUGCAAGAGGUGGGCCAAAUCAUAAAUAAUGAGACAACUGCUCUUGUGGACGCCCUCGCCAACAUGUCCCUCGACCAGGAGGAGACGGAAAAGGCCCUGGCCCGUCUUAGUAUCGAAGGGAACUUGGCCAAAGCUGAGACUGACUCCAAGGAGAGCAAGAUCGAAAGCCUUACUAGCGAGCUCAAGGAAGAGACUGAAAAGAGACGCCAUGCCGAAGCUGCUGUGGAAGAGGCCGUUGAAAACCUGCAAAAGCUGAGCAACGAGUGUCGCGAGCUUAAAGCAAGAAAUGAAGAUGAUGGGAGCAAGACACCCGAAAUUAUUCGUAAUUUGGAAGAAACUAUCAAGCAUCUAGGCGAGCAAGUCAACAGCCGUCGCUCGAUAUGGCUAAUGAAGAACACCGACCCGGACUCUGUUGCUAGAGCUAUUGAGACACUCGCAGUUUCUGUGCAAGACAAUCCGUCCGCGCACAGAGCCUUGAUGUCGCUCAAGCCCAAUGCAGUACCAGAUGAUCUGCAUGAAAACGGUGGCAGCGACUUUUCUCGCAUGAUUAAUGAAUUCCCAGCACCCGUGAGACCCCAGUCCGCAUUUCAACCCAUCCACAGGACCGCCUCUGGACCAAUGGCCAAGGCUAGUAACUUCCACUUGAGCAAUGGUAGAGUCCCUUCGGGGCCUCCAGCUCGUCGCUACCAGGGAUCUUGGGGCAGUAAUGCCUACUCUCAGCCUUUGAGACAUGGGCAUGCCUCUAACUCGCUGAUUCCCGUCUCCUCCUUUAGCCAGAUGGGCUCUCGCAAGAGCUUUUCCGGCUCUAGAUUCAGUCCCGGAGACAGAGACAGCGGCAGAUGGUACGGCCAAAGCGACGGGUUUGAAGGCAGAACCGGGUCGUUUGCAAGAGGUCGAGAAAUGUACCCUCCUACCCCGACUGCUUCAAAUAGAGGGAGAUAUGGCCGCCAUGCGGACAGCCAAGGCGGUGGUUUCCAGGACUUCCAGCCGCUUCAUGGGCCUGGCAAUGCUCUCGUGCCUCACAGCUCCAGCGGACCGCUUGUGCAUACAGGCGAGCGCUAUGUCCAGGGUUGGCAUGACAGUGUGAUGGAGCUAUACAAUCUUAUCCGGAUCUUUGUUGAGAACCACUCCGUUAGACAUGACGCUGGGCUUGCCCGCCGAGUCAGCGGAACAGCCAUAUGGCCUAUUCUUCUGGCUACGUACUAUCCGCUCUCAGAGCCCGAGGCAGCUUCUUACCUUGACUUUCAUCUACGCGAUGCAAGCUCCAAGUCGUGCCUGAUUACCCGAGUCAUCAUUGACUACAUUGUCAAUCGAGUUUGGGUGCCUGGAGCUUGGACUGGCCAGGACAGCGAGAUUUCGUAUUCUCUGCUCGAAAUUGAGCGAGACUUGGAGAAAAUGCAUGGCCAAACUUCCUCCCUUCGCCAGCCCCUGUUGGACAGGCAGGCUACUAUUGUCAACGGCAUCAUUAAAGGGGAGAUGGGAAGCGCAUUCAACAAGACAAAGAUUGAAGAGGUUACCCGAACUCUUCUCACCAACCUCAAGCCUCUGAUUGACCGCAACACUGACCCCAAGGAUGCCUAUCAGGAUAUGGAAAAGGUGGCUGAGAAUGCAUGGGACUUGUCCUCCCGCAUCCUUACCAGUCGUCUUACCUUUGACUUUCGCUUUCCUGAAAUUGGCAGCCGCUUCUCAUCCCAGUCAAUGGUGCCUAUUUGGCCAGAGGGCGAUCCUAUGGAACUCCAGGCUAAGCACUGGCGCAUCGCGUUGGUGACGACGCCAGUGAUUACCUGCAGAAAUGAUACGGGCACCAAUAUUUCUGCUCAUUCGGUUGCCUUGGCAGAUGUAUUCUGCAUGCAGUGA